AUGCACCUGAUGCAGCAACAGCAGCUUCAGCACCACCAGCUAAUUGCACAGUUUCUCCAGCAGCAGCAGCAACACGACGAGCAGCAGCAAGCAUUUUUCCGGAGUGCAGUUUCAUCUAUCCACAUACAAGUCCCACCGAACCCAGAGCAAAUUCUUGACUCUUUGGCAGGCAACGUGAAGGAAUUUCGCUACGACGCUGACAAUAGCGUCACGUUUGCGGCUUGGUACAGCAGGUAUGAAGAUUUAUUCGAGAAAGAUGCCGCUCGUUUGGACGACGAAGCGAAAGUCAGGUUACUGUUGCGAAAGCUGGGCGCAGUUGAACAUGAAAGGUAUGUUUCUUUUAUUCUACCGAAACUUCCGAAAGAACACACCUUUGCCCAAUCAGUAGCGAAGCUGAAAAAUUUAUUUGGGUCGAAAGAGUCGGUAAUAAGCAGGCGGUAUAGAACGUUGCAAAUCGCCAAGCACCCGACUGAAGACCAUAUUGCUUUCGCAUGUCGUGUUAAUAAAGCCUGCGUUGAGUUUGAGCUGGGAAAGCUAUCGGAAGAGCAGUUUAAAUGCUUGACCUACGUUUGUCGACUGAAAGCAGAAAGCGAUGCUGAAACCCGUACGCGGCUUCUUUGCAGGAUUGAGGAAAACAAUGGCGUCCCGUUGGAGCAACUAGCGGAAGAAUGCCAGCGUCUUCUUAACCUCAAACUUGACAACGCUAUGAUCGAGUCAGCCACAAGUUUCGGUCAAGUGAAUGUCAUUAAGCAGCGAUCUUCUGAUAAACGAUUCAACAAACGGGAUCAGCCAUCUUCGAAGCCUGCUGCAAACGACAUGAGAAAAAAACCUGGUACACCGUGUUGGUUUUGCGGUGCAUUUCACUACGUACGGGACUGUCUCUUCAAAAACCACAAAUGCUCAGAAUGUAAGCAGUUUGGACACUGCAACAGUUCAAAAAAGUCACAAUGUUCAUCGAGAAAAAGUAAGCAUUCGGUGGUAAGCAAAAUGGUCGUCGUUAAUGUGUGCAACGUGCAGAAGCGAAGGAGAUUCGUUUCCGUUACCCUUGAUGGAACACAGGUUCGUCUUCAGUUGGACACGGCUUCCGAUAUUACCGUCAUCAGCCAGCAGAUCUGGAAGAAAAUUGGCAGCCCAAGGUUGUCACCAGCAACAGUGAAAGUCAAGGCAGCAUCUGGAAACAUUUUGCCACUUGAUGAUGAAUUUAACUGUGACAUCACUAUCGGCGAAAACACACGCACGCAGAUAAUUCGUGUCACCGAGAAACCACUACAACUGCUUGGAUCUGAUGUAGUCGAUAGUUUCAAUUUGUGGUCCAUACCAAUGGAUACCUUUUGCUGCCAAGUUACUAGUACCCCGUCCACCAGUGCAAUUCUCAAAGCUACUUACCCAAAAGUGUUCAGCGAAAAGCUCGGGUUGUGCAACUGGACCAAAAUUAAAUUUGAGCUUCAUCAGUAUCCACUGCCACUCCCGGAAGACAUCUUUGCCAAGCUGGCUAACUGCAAAAUAUUCAGCCAGAUUGAUCUUUCGGGCGCUUUUCUACAGGUGGAAAUCGACGAACAGUACCGUCAUUUGCUGACAAUUAACACAGAUAGUAGCCGCAGAUACCGUUAA